AUGUCAAUUUUUAAAUACGCUCAAACUAACGGAUACUACAAUAAACAAAAUAACGUAGUUCUUAUGAACAAAACGUAUACGGAACAAACUGCCAAGUAUAUUCAACUUGUUAAUAGUAUGGAAGCGAAAUACGCCAAAGAUUUUGUUGAAUUUCCGAAAAUCGUGUUUUGUGGAAAUCAAUCGGCUGGAAAGAGCAGUUUAUUGGAGGCAAUUGCUAAUGUUCAGCUUCCAAGAUGGCAUGAAACGUGUACGCGUUGUGUUAUGGAGAUUCGCAUGCACGAAACACCAAAACCAGCGGUUGGGAAAUAUGAUAAAAACAACGACCCACUCCCAGAUGCUCGCAGGGAAAAUCUUUGGUUUGGCGAAGCUAUACAUGAUCCAAGUGACGUUGAAUUAAUGGCAUAUCGUGCCCAGAAAGCGCUCCUCAACCCAAGCAAAGUGUUUGAUCUCUAUCUCGAUCACGAACCGCUUGAUGGGUCGAGAAAGGAAACGAAUGAGAUUGAGUUUACGAUGAAUACGGUUUGUUUGUCUAUUAAGGGACCAAACGUUCCUAAUUUAAGUCUGGUUGAUUUACCAGGAAUUGUGGAACACAUUAAAAACGUAUCAUCAGAAGUUUCGCGGCAACUUGUUGCUACGAUAAAAACACUCACUAGAAACUAUGUAGAAAAACCCGAAUCUAUAAUUGUAGCUACCAUUCCUUGCGAUUCGGAAGACGAACACCAAGGUAUUCAUAAUAUAAUCAACGAAGUCGAUCCGUACAAGAACCGUACGGUGUUUGUCCUAACAAAACCAGACCGUAUCGAGGAAAAAACGCAUGGAAAAUGGUUACCGAAACUCGAAAAUUUAUCAGGACCAGACUAUUUCGUAGUAAUGAAUCCAGAUCAAGCAAAAUUAAUCAAGGGAGUGACAUUUAUCCAGGCUAGGGAGGAAGAGAAACAGUGGUUUGAAAACACUCAACCAUGGUGUUCGUCAACUUUUAAAGACAAACUCGGGGUACAAAAGCUGAGGACAAGGCUGGAAAAUUUACUCAUAGAAAAAAUCAGAGAAAGUAUUCCUACACUUACGGAUGAGAUAAGCAAAAGAUUAAUAGCGGCGAAUGGUAAAUUGAACGAAUUACCGCCACCUCUCGUUAAUGCCCAAUUCGAAAUCAACAGAGUUACAAACAUGUGUGAAAAUAAACUUUGUCAUAAGCUUAACACUGUAACUGAUUUGAACAACGAAAAUGACAGUUUGUGGAAAAAAAUAAGAAGACAGCUGAAUGAAUAUAAUAGGGUAAUCGAAAACGAAAGACCGGCGUUUGUCUUAACGCGGCCGGGUUUUGGAGAUAGACAGGAAAUGCUUCUUGUAGACGUUUUGCAAAAUAUUCCCGCAGUAAACCAUAAUGAGACGUAUAAUUCAAUCAUCGUAACCACCAUGGAAAUUGUAAAGAAACAUGAAGAUUCGCUAAGUAAUGAGGCAUUUAUCAAGGAAACAACAAAUGUUAAGGACAUAAUUGACCAAAGUAGAGGUUGCUUACUUCCCGGUAGAAUUCCCCAUGAA